AGCAAGCUGACGAGACCGCUAAACGUUUCGAAAAUAUUGAUUUGGAUCAUGUCAUUGUGUCACCGUUUGAUCGAACUCUCGAAACAGCGACGAGGAUUCUGAAAAAUCGUAAUAUUCCGAUAGAAGUGGAACCAGGACUGGUGGAGGGCCUGUACAUGUGCGAGGAUCCUCCAGGCUACGAAAGUCUUGAAGUUUUGAAGCAAAAAUAUCCACUCAUCGACACAUCGUAUAAAUCAGUUAUGCCGUGGAAAUUACCACGUGAGGGUUACGGUGACGAUGCAUGUACUGGACGCGUGGCAAAAACUUUAGACGGUCUAGCGCAACGAUAUCCC